AUGCGCAUCACCCUCAAUAUAUUUAAUCCCCAAGCUGGGGAGCAGGACAGCCUGCUUACACUCGAAAUCUUCCCCGACAUGACCUUGGCCACCCUCCGCGAGUCUAUCCAGGCAGAAUCAACCAUCCCUCCGACCUCACAACACCUCUACCAUAAUGGCCGCCUAAUCUCCGACGAUACCCAGACGAUGGAGCAACACCAGAUCAAGGAUGGGGACAUGCUGGCUCUGCACGUCCGUGAUAUGCGAGGCAGCACAGGCGUACCAGAGCAAGCUCGGCGUCCUCAGCCUCGGAGACGAGGCGGCAAUGAACAAGACCCCGAGCUUAUUCGCCUUCAGAUUUUGGGUCAACCUGCAGUGAGGGCGCAGCUCCAGAGACAGCACCCUGAGCUGGCCGCGGCCGUGGACAACCCAGCUCGCUUUGCCCAGAUAUUUCACGAUAGCCAGGACCGAGAGCAGCGAGAGCGUAUGGAACGGCAACGGGAGAUUGAAAGAUUGAAUGACGACCCCUUUAAUGUCGAAAACCAGAGGAAGAUUGAAGAAAUGAUCCGUCAGGAGCGAGUUAUGGAGAACCUGCAAAAUGCCAUGGAGCACAACCCCGAGGUCUUUGGACGAGUCCACAUGCUCUACCUCGACGUGGCUGUGAACGGUCACAAUGUCAAAGCCUUGGUGGACUCUGGAGCCCAGGCAACCAUCAUGUCUCCUGCUUGUGCCGAGGAAUGUGGAAUUAUGCGUCUUGUUGAUACCCGAUUUGCUGGCGUUGCUCGUGGUGUGGGAACGGCCAACAUCAUCGGACGUGUCCAUUCGGCGCAGAUCAAGAUUGGAAACCUCUUCCUGCCCUGCAGUUUCACUGUCAUGGAGGGCAAGUCAGUCGAUCUGCUGCUCGGCCUCGAUAUGCUGAAGCGAUACCAGGCCACCAUUGACUUGGCCAAGGACAAGCUGAUCAUCCAAGGCGAGGAGGUUCCUUUCCUGGGAGAGGCAGAAAUCCCCAAAGAGGAGGAGGCAGCAAUUGUACAGGAGCCUACCUUGCCUGGUCCCGACGGAACAACCAUCGGACAACGGUCGGGCGCUGUUCUUCCUCCCGGUGAACAGCAACAGCAACCUGCGGCAGCUCCUCCUCAGCCCGCGCCAGUCGCUGCACCCGCUGCUCCCCCUGCUGCGCCUCCAGCUGCGGCCCCAGCCCAGCCUGCUGCUCCGAGGAUACAGAUUUCGCCGCAAGCUAUUGAGAGCCUGGUAUCAAUGGGAGCUACGAGGGAGCAAGCGAUCCAGGCACUCCAAGCAGCAGACGGCAACGCGGACGUGGCUGCCAGUUUGAUCUUUUUCUAA